AUGACCGACGCCACCAACCUCACCGAAUCCGGCAUAACCAUCCCCUCCGACAGCGAAAACUACGACGCAAACAACGAGCUCACCUCCUCCUCGCCCGAAUCCGCAUCCUCAAGUUCCACACCCCUGAUCCUCUACAAGCCACCCACAAUAUGGGGACUGCUCCGCGGCGCAGCGAUAAACCUCUUCUUGCCGUUUGUCAACGGGCUCAUGUUGGGUUUUGGCGAGUUGGUUGCGAAUGAGGCGGCGUAUCGGUUGGGGUGGAGUGGUACUAAGAUAUUCCCGACUCAUCGCUCCGGAGCCGAUUCCAGGCGCGUGGGACCAGGUGUGGAGAUGCGAGCGGAUCCUGUGGAGCGGAGGAGGAGGAAUGGCCAGGAGUUGGAUAUGUACACGUCGCUGGAGUAG